AUGUCUUCUUCUCUCAAGGGCCCUACCCCCCAGCAGCACGAUGGCUCCGGCCUGCGCAUCGGCAUCGUCCACGCCCGCUGGAACGCCACCGUCAUCGAGCCUCUCGUCGCCGGCGCCAAGGCCAAGCUUCUCGAGUGCGGUGUCAAGGAGUCCAACAUUGUCAUUCAGUCGUGUCCCGGCGCCUGGGAGCUCCCCAUUGCCGUUCAGCGCCUUUACGCCGCCUCCCAAGUCCAGUCCACGUCUUCGGGCAGCGCCUCCGCCGGCGACCUCCUCGCCUCCUCGACGGCCGACCUCUCCGCGGCGUCGACAACGUCGGCUUUUGACGCCAUCAUCGCUGUCGGCGUGCUUAUCAAGGGCGAGACGAUGCACUUUGAGUACAUUGCCGACUCGACCUCGCACGGCCUCAUGCGCGUGCAGCUCGACACCGGCGUCCCCGUCGUCUUUGGCGUCCUGACGGUGCUCAACGACGAGCAGGCUCUCUCCCGCGCCGGCGUCGACGGCAAGGGCCACAACCACGGCGAGGACUGGGGUCUCGCAGCCGUCGAGAUGGGUGUCAAGCGCAAUGAGUGGACCAGCGGCAAGAUUGAGGGUUAA